AUGGUGUCGGUCGGCAAGGCGCCGGCGAAAUCUAAGGCUCGUGACGCGCCAUUUCAACCGGAACCUGAAGUCGAGUAUAGCCUCAAUGUGGUGUUUCAGGACGCGAACGGUGUCGUGGAAAGUUUUCAGUGCCAUUUCUGCAGUUUCCAGGGCCAGAAGGAGGUUUCUGGUGCCGAAGGCAAGCAUACCCAGGAAACCAAAAUAUUUGCACCACCUUACCGAACAGAAAACUACCAAUUCGAGUACAAGAGGCCCACGGGGGGCAAGUAG